UGUCUCAACAUGGCUACAAGCUACGGAAGUUAGCUCAGCCUGCUAACCGGAAGUAGCCUGCUGGACGUCAGUUUGUGUCCAACUGUCCAAAUGUCUCAGAAAGUCCAGGAAGACGUCCAGCAGCUGGUGGUGACCAAAGAAGAAGAUGACUCCCUCAGCCUGGACCAGGAUGACCCACCAGAACCCCCACACAUUAAAGAAGAACAGGAGGACUUCUGGACCAGCAGAGCGCAGCCUCAAGGCCUGGACGAGGCUGAUAUCAUCAAGUUCACGUUCUUUCCUGUCGCUGUGAAGAGUGAAGAAGAUGAUGAAGAAGAAGAAGAAGAAGAUGAAGAGAAACCUCAGUCCUCACAGCUUUAUCAGAGACAAACUGAAGACAUGAAACCAGAAACUGAUAGAGAGGACUGUGGAGGACCAGAACCAGACAGGGACUCAGAUCUAGAUCAUCAUUUACAAUCCGAUAGUGAUGAUGAGACUUCAAGCUCCUCUGAGUCUGACAGUGAUCACUGGAAGAAGAGCAGUGGACAUCAGUCAGGUUUGAACUUUGUGAAAAAUAACCGUGGAUGUGAUCGAGAUGAGAAACCGUUCAGCUGUUCUGAGUGCGGGAAAAGAUUCAGCCAGUCGUACAACCUGAACAGACACAUGAGGAUCCACACCGGAGAGAAACCGUUCAGCUGCUCGUUCUGCGGGAAAGAGUUCAUCCAAAAGAUAAACAUGAAGCGUCACAUGGGACGACAUCUGGGGCAGAAACAAAACAGCUGUAGAGUUUGUGGCCAAAGAUUCAGUCGACUUUAUCAGCUCAAAACUCAUCAGUGUGUCGGCGGACAGUCAUUACAGCUUCAUCGAAGGCGAACAGAAAGCAACAGAGAUGAAGAACGUUUGCAAACCUUUGGAGAACCAGACGCAAACUUUAAUCCAGACUCUGAUGAUGGCACUUCAUCAGUGUCUGAGACUGAUGACAGCUGUGACUGGGAGAGCAGAGAAAGUCAGUCAGGUUCAAACUUGAAAAAUAGAAGUGAGAAAUCGUUCAGCUGCGCUGAGUGUGGAAAAAGAUUCAGCCAGUCGUACAACCUGAACCGACACAUGAGGAUCCACACCGGAGAGAAACCCUUCAGCUGCUCGGUGUGUGGGAAAACAUUCACUCAGAAAAUAACUCUGACCCGUCACAUGGGACGACACACGGGAGAAAAACUGUUCAGCUGCAGCGUUUGUGACCGUAGAUUCACACGACUUUAUCAGCUCAAGAACCAUCAGUGUGUCGGCCAUCAGUCCUCACUGCUUAUAGAGGCUCAUGAUGAACCAGAACCAGAACCAGAUGGGCUCUUUAAUCCAGAUACUGAUGAUGACACUUCAGACUCCUCUGAAUCUGAGAGUGAUGACAGCGAUGAUUCGGACGACACCAGUGAACCUGAAAGUGAUCUGGACGGUAACACUGGAGAAACUUCAGAUAGCUCGUCUGAAGGUGGGACAAGUUUUGAACAUCUACAGAAACAUGACGAGGUCCAAACCGGAGGGAAACUCUUCAAAUGUUCAGUUUGUGGUAAAACAUACCACUGGAAGAAAACCCUGACGGCUCACAUGAAACUUCACACUGAAGGGAAACCGUUCAGCUGCACGGUUUGUAAAAAGACAUUUCAACAGAACGGAGACGUCGUGAGACACAUGAGGAUCCACACCGGAGAGAAACCCUUCAGCUGCUCCUUCUGUGGAAAAGGAUUCACACAAAGCUCGAGUCUGACCUCACACCUCAGAGUUCACACAGGAGAGAAACCCUUCAGCUGCUCAGUCUGUCAAUCAAGUUUCAGUCGGCGAGAUUAUUUAUCCCAACACAUGAGGAUCCACACCGGAGAGAAACCCUUCAGCUGCUCAGUCUGUGGGAAAGGGUUCACAUUUAAGACUGACCUGAGACAACACCUGACCGUCCACUCAGGAGAGAAACCCUUCAGCUGCUCUGUCUGCGAUAAAACCUUCACACAGAGCUCGACUUUGGCCUCGCACCUGAGAGUUCAUGCACGAGAAAAGACUUUCUCAUGCUCAGUCUGUCAAGCAAGCUUCAGUCGCAGGGAGAACUUGGCCCAACACAUGAGUACCCACACUGGGGAGAAACCGUUCAGCUGCUCAGUGUGUGGGAAAGGAUUUGAUAGAACGUCAAAUCUGAGACAACACCUGACUGUUCACGCAGAGGAGAAGCGCUUCAGCUGUUCAGUUUGUGGGAAAAGAUUUGCUCUGCAUGCGUCUCUGAGGCGACACUCGACUGUCCACACAGGAGAGAAACCUUUCAGCUGUUCGGUUUGUGGUAAAAGUUUUGGAGAGAAGGGAAUCCUCAGACGACACCUGACUGUCCACACGGGGGAGAAACUCUUCAGCUGUUCAGUUUGUGGGAAAAGAUUUGCACUGCGAGGAACUCUGAGACGGCACUUGAUCGUCCACACGGGGGAGAAGCCGUUCAGCUGUUCGGUUUGUGGUAAAGCGUUCGGACAGAGGGUGACUCUGAGACGUCACAUGACCGUCCACACGGGGGAGGCGGCGUUCAGUCACAGCGUGGAUGUUGUCGACGGCAGAGGAGAUCCAUGAAGCUUCUGGACUCUGAUCACAUCAAAUCAGUCAUGAAGCCACGAGAACUUUGAACUGUUUGUAUUCGCUGACGUGUUCUGAAGUAUUUAAUGUCUCUACAGUGUUAAAGGACCCGUGUGUAGCAUGUGGCUGCUAAGUGCAGUCCUUUAACCUCACCCUCUUGUUCUCUUGAUCCUGGCAUGAAGAAGUAUGGUGACGAAAACACUCGGGGAAAAAACCUGAAAGGUCGAAUCUAGAGUGACUUUUUAGUUUGUCCAUCCUGGGCUCCUGUAGAAACAUGUCUGUAGAUAUGAAGUCACAAAAACAGAACGACUUAUUUUCAGCUGAUUAAACACUAAUAAUAAUUAAAUACUCGUUAAAUUAGCACUGACGAAAACGUUAUGCAUUUGCCGUUUCUGCCUUAUUCUGCAAAUUAGACAAAAUUAGAAUUCUUGAUAUUCAGCAGCUGAUUUGUUGUUUUAUGUUUUUCAAGCCUGUUCAGAUGUCACGUGCAUGUUUGUUGCUGUAAUCUUUGUCUCAUGUAAGUUUACUGCUGAAGCCUCAAAGACUCACAGGACUACAGGAGUUUCCAUUGGGUCUAUCAGGAUUGGCUCAGGUUGGGUUCUGAAGGCUUACCUGACGUCACUGGGUCCAAACCUUUGGACCUAUGAAGACCUCGUCAGACUCAGCAGCAGUGGUGACAUGUUCUUCUCUGGGACACUGAUAAAUGUUGACGUGUUGCUGAUUCAAACUUUUGGUCUGUGGUUUCACGUCACAGUCUGUCGAGUCUUCCUGCUUCUUUAUUUUUAGACAUUUAAACUCUGCUUAACAUUUUCUUUGAGUUGAAAAAAUCUUAUCAGGUCAUUUUGUUUGUAAAACAUAUUUAGAUUUUUUUACUUUAGCGCAGUGACACGUUUCAGGAUCAAAAGAUUUUUUGUUUCCAGCUGACAGAAAAAUUCUGCUAUUAAUCUGUUGUGAAGUAAAAAUCGUUUGAUGUGUCGAUCUCUCCUAAUAAGAUCAAAUUAAACACGACACUUG